UUGGCAUCAAAGUAUGUGUUCUGAUGAUUCCCUUUCUUGGCAUCACUUGGUUGUUUGGUCUCCUGUCACCACUACACAAGGCUUUCGCCUACAUCUUUACCAUUCUCAACUCUACUCAGGGUGUCCUGAUUUUCAUCUUGCACUGGAAACGUAUGAGAAAUAGCGAGAUUAGGGAGCGAUUGGAGGGCAAAAUUAAAACAGAGACGAUUGGUCAGAUUAAAGCUCGAAUAAAAGCUCGAACGAACGCUGUUUUCCCAUCUCCGAACGACAGAAACUCCCAACCAAAGAAUGUAAAGAUAAAUCCAACUGAUGGUGGUGCAGUGUGGGCCAUUAAAUUGCACCCAUCCAGCAAAUAUGAGUUAAAAUAGGAAUAUUAUUUAGUAAGGGAUUCAAUAGGCGACGGGUAAAAGCCAAUUGUUAUGUACUAUGAUUUUUUCAGGCCACGAUAAUUCUUUAGUCGCAACUGAUUAGUUUCCAUUGUCCUCCUGCUUGGUUGGAUUGUUUUUGUAAAUUAGAGAAAAAGAAAAUAAGUCUUUCAUGGAGAGGUAGAGGCUGGUGACGUUUAUUUAUCAGAGUAAUUAAGUGAUCCGGCCUAUCGCAAUCUUAAGCUGAAGUAAGUUAGAGAAUUAGGUCUGAGUCGAUACAACAAUUAACCACUCGGCAAUUCAUCAUCAUUUAAUUAGCUAAAUAUGUGAAAGCUAGGUACUUUACUUAUAUAUAAAUCGCAGCGAGAUGCUAGAUUACGUACAUUUUGGGAUAAACUUGUAGACAUUAUUAUACAGUGCAAGACUCCAACAAGCCUUGGAAAGGUUAUACUGUUUUCCAUAAACAGGAAAAUAAAAAAAAAAAUAAAAAAAGAAAGAGACUAGGAUUAGGCAAAGGAGGAUUAUUUAGGAUUCGAAUAAUAUGCUUUUA